AUGUCAGACGAUCGCUACUAUACGACUACACCCAAGUACUCUAAAAAGGUCCUGGUUCAAGGGGACCCAGAUUACGAGAAAUGCCGACGGAUGAAUCCCACUGCCCACAAGAUUGAGCGCUUUCCUGCUGAGAUUCACAUUCCCGAGACACCUGCUGAAGUGGCCAAGGCUCUUGCACGCGCAACUGAGCUUGGUGUACCUAUUGGCGUUCGAUCUUCGGGUCACAUCUUCCAUUUCCCUGCCCUUUGGCACGGUGGUAUCCUCAUCGAUGCAGUCAACCUGAACCGCCGAAUCGACUAUGACCCAGUCACCAAGGAGAUCUGCUUUGGCCCCUCUUCACGUGUCGAGGAACUGGCUGCCAAGCUAAAGGAAGUCAACCGCUUCUUUCCCCAUGGCCAUGCCCCCACUGUUGGAUCAGCAGGCUUCAUGCUAGCUGGUGGCCAAGGCUGGUUUGUUCGAGGCUGGGGCGCGACGAACCAAACAUGGAUCACCAAGAUCGAAAUGGUUGUUCCUGAUGGUCGCACCCUCAUCGCUAGCCGUACCGAGAACCAGGACCUCUUCUGGGCAGCUCGUGGUAGUGGUAUGGGCUUCUUCGCUGUAGUCACACGCUUCUGGGGCCGCACAAUUGAGAGAUCUACCAUGUGGGAGAAAACUCUCAAGUUUGUCAUCAAUGAUGACAACUACAUGACUCUGAUGAGUUGGGCUAUCGAGCGUGGCCGAGAUACUCCCAAGUAUGGCACUGAUCUGAACCUUACCAUCGACUACCGUGAGAAGUAUGAUCCGGCCUACACUACAGACGACGUUCCUCCCAACGCAACGCUUGUUCUCACUCUGAACAAUCUUUGCUAUACUGAUACGCAAAGAGAAGCUCGCACUCUUCUCAGCGCAUACGACAGGAUCACGCCUAAGGUUGCUAACUUUCUCAUCGAGUCGAAGCCUAUACAGGUUCGAACAUUCGAGGAGGUGUUUGCCCGCAAGCGUACUUUCCUAGGUAACGCUGGUCAAGAGCGGUGGUCUAUCAACAGCAUCAUGAAUGACCCAGACGUCCCCCUCGCCCGACUCCUUGAAGGCAUCCGACCUGCCAUGCUAAAGCUGCCGACCCGCGUCUCUUCUGUCUUCAUUUGCCACUGCGACAUAAAGCCGGAUGAGGAUGACGCCUGCUUGAGUCUGCCUCAAGAUCUGUACAUCUCAACACUCACGGGCUGGACCGAUCCCAAGCUCGAGCCUGCCAUCAUGCAACCCAUGCGUGACUAUUACAGACAGGCGUUCCCUGUUGCUGUGGGCCAGUACAUCACCGACAUCGAUGUCAACUGUGAAGAUGCCAAUUCCAAGGUCAUGAGUGAUACUGCCUUGGCCAAAUUCCUUCGUAUUCGUGAGAAAUAUGACCCCAAGGAGCUGUUCCCUACCUAUAAGGCCUUUGUCAAGACGUCAGAGAAGAUUAACAAGCUACAAAACAAGUCAAGACUGUAG